AUGCAAUGGGCCGCCAACGUCUCCCCGCGCAACUAUGCCGACCCUACGAGCUUCCACCUCGAGCGCUGGCUGCGGCCGGAAGGUAAAUUCGAGAAGGACCGUCGACGCGCGUCGCAGCCAUUUCUCCAGGGCCCGCGGGAUUGUAUCGGACAGAGCCUAGCCCGCAUGGAGAUUGUACUCAUCCUGGGGAAAGUUUUGUAUUGUUUCGAUCUGCAGGCGGAGGGUGAUCUCGGUCGGUGGGAGGAUCAGGAGACAUACGCGGUUUGGGUCAAAGCGCCGCUGCCGGUAAAGUUGAGGGUGCGGAGGGCCUGA